AGGUAACCUGUUAUGCCUGCAGCUCCGUGAAGAUGUUGCAUCCGGUCAACUGCCUUGCUCAUUUGUCACGCACACAUUAUUGGGAUCGUACACGUUGCAGGCAGAGUUUGGAGACUAUGAACCUAAUCAACCUCGGCCUUUCGACUACAUCAGCCAGCUGACGUUUGCCCCGAAUCAGAACAAAGAAAUGGAGGAGAAGAUUCUGGAACUCCACAAAUCCACAGGGGAAUGACACCAGCGCAGGCUGAUUCCCAGUUUUUAGAAAAUGCCAAGAAACUGUCCAUGUACGGCGUGGACCUGCACCAUGCUAAGGAUUCUGAAGGCGUGGCUAUCAUGCUUGGCGUGUGUGCCAACGGCCUCCUGGUCUACAAAGAUAGACUCCGGAAUAAAUCGUUUUGCUUGGCCCAAGAUCUGAAGAUUUCCUACAAGAGGAACAACUUCUAUAUUAAGAUCAGACCAGGAGCGACGGAGCAGUUUGAAAGCACAGUGGGCUUUAAACUCCAAAACCAUCGAUCGACCAAACGGCUGUGGAAGGUUUGUGUGGAGAAUCACAGCUUCUACAGGUUAAACGCACCUGAACCGCACCAAACCCGCUUCUUGACGCUGGGUUCAAAGUUCCGCUACAGUGGCCGAACACAGGACCAAACCCGCCAGGCCAGCUCUCUCAUAGACCGACCUGCACCCAGCUUUGAGCGCACCUCGUCAAAACGAAUCAGCCGCAGUUCUGGAUGGAGGUAA